UAGUGGGGUCAAACCAGCUGACCACACAUUCCUCAUCAGUGUUCUGAACAGACGUUUUAACAGUAAGAAUGACCGAUUCAACAACUGUGUCCAGCCUCUUGGCAGAAUAUGACGACAACCACGCGUGUCUGACAGCGAUGGCCGAGAGCUCCCUAGCCAACAGUCACAUUCCUCUGCUUGGCCACCUCUGUGGAGAUCUCCCUGAGAAAGUUGUCUGGAAGAUGAUGUAUAUGAGCUACCACCAGCUGAGAGUUCAAGACAGGUGCACGAUGCUAAGUGUCGUCACUGACUACAUAGUUCACAGUCCCGUCUUCCUUGAGACUGCUGUUAGCGCCAAGUCGGGAACCAGUUCCUCAGACAUCAUCCGGGUUUUGGCCCAGUGUUGGCAAAAAACCCUACUUUCCGCAAAGAGAGGUUUAGAUGUUCAGUCUUUCAACAACCUCACGAUGACACUGACCAGAUGUGUGUCACAACUGAGGGUCUACCACCGCCACCGUUCCUUCAAAGAGGUACUCAAGCAAGCCAUCCGACUGAAAGAGCUGGCAUGUGCUGACCUUGUCUCGACGUAUUUUCCAUCCACAGUCGACGCCAACUUUCCACGGAUUGCUGAAAUCUCCUACAACAAAAUGAGAAGGUUCCGCUCUUGUGCAAAUCUUGCUACCGAGACUCUUGCCUCGACCAUGCGAACAUCUGCCUAUCCUUCUACACCAACACAUCAAAAGCUGUCCACACAGACAGAGCAGAAAGCUCACCCAUCUUUGACAAUUCGACAGACGCUCUCUACACCGGUUCGCCCGCUCCAUUCCGUACCGGAUCAGUCCCGAUCUACAACGGCUAGAAAGGAGCCAUCUACACUGGCUGGCAUGCCCCCGUCUCUACCAGCUCGACAGAACACGUUUACACCAGCGCAUAUUCUGCAUCCUACAGUAACUCAGAAUCCGUCUACUUCGAACCGCAUGAACUCCUCUACCCUGGCUCUACAGAAUUCAUCUACACCAGUUCAAAAGAGACUUUCUCCACAAGCUCGACAGAUCCCGAUUACAUCAUCUCGUACGUUCACGUCAACCUUGGCUCGACACAACUCGUCUGCAAUGUCCUCGUCUGUACCAGCUCGACAGAGCCCAUCUACACCACCUCGCACGAACAUUUCAACCCUGGCUAGACAGACCCCGUCUGCACCAGUUCAUAUGUCCCCGUCUGUUCGAGCUCCACAGAACCUAUCGACACUAGCUCGACAUAUCCCAUCUACACCUCCUCGUAUGUACGCUUCAUCCCUGGCUCGACAGAACCUGUAUGCACAAGCUUAUACGUCCCCGUCUGCACCGCAUCGACAGAACCCGUCUACACCAGUUCGACAGAGUCCAUCGUUACUUCAUGCAACCAGCGGGUUGACCCUCUAUGGACGUCACACACCUACUCACGAUCAUCACACUCCGUCUACGAAAACUCCACUGGCUCCUUAUACACCGUCUCAACCAAAUUGGUCAAGAAACAUUGGUACAUCACCACGGGCUACUAACAGACUCACCGAUAGCCAACGUCUGUUGAUACAUGCUGAAUUGAAAAGACUUCAUCUCGUUACAUCAAGUCCUUCUAUGCCACUGCACACAUCAAGGAAGUCUAUGGGUUCCAGCAAGAGAUCAAACAGCCCGGAAGCAGCCUCAGAUUCUUCUGCCCUUCGCCCUACAGGGAAACAACUUGUAGAAGCGAGGCAACUUGUCCACAGACGGACCGCAGCCAGCAGUCUCCACCCAGCAGACAGAGCUGUGACCAAGGAACUGUUUUUCAACUAGAAGCUGUUACCUUUUAGUCCGACUGAUUUCUUGCUCACUGAUUUCACAGUAUGUUA